AUGACCUCGUACAAGAGACAGUCUGGCAACACAUAUAACGGACAUUGCAGCCCCAAGUACAACGCCUUAUCUUACACAUGGGGUCGCUGGGCCCUGAAGAAUCAUGAAAUGCACGAAGUCACUGCUAUUCCAGUCAAGGGAACAACAUGGCCGAUCCCCCGAAUCAAUCCUGCGCACUUCACCAGCGAGGACUUUCACAAUGUCAUUGCAGAUACGGUUGAUCCUCACCCUUCGGAUGUUGAGGCGCCAAGAGUGGACUUUCUCUGGCUUGAUGUGGCUUGCAUUCAUCAAAAUACAGGAUCGCCGGAGCAAGCGGAGGAGAUUGGCCGUCAAGCAAAGAUCUUCGGGGGUGCAUCGCGGGUCUUCAUACGGUUGACGACCUUUACGCUCGAUGCUAUCAACCGCUGGGCUGUAAAAAUGGAUUUGCAAUUCAGCAUUAUGGUAGACCCUGACUUCUACACUAAAGCCGAUCUCUCACUCUGGGUAUCCAGCAUGAGAGAUCUAGUAGAAGCUGUACUAGCGGAUCCGUGGUUCUCAUCUCUGUGGACGCUGCAAGAAACCUAUCUGUCCCCAAACGCCUAUGUGAUAUCUCGUGACGCGAACAAGCGCUCCUUCGAUCCUUGGUUACUCAAUCACUUGAGCGAAACUUUCAAUAUUGUUGCAGGUGCUAUUGACCACAACGAAGAGAUACAUCAGCUAAGCAAAGAUUCUGGUCUUAGCAUGAUGAUCACCAGAAGUGGCCUUCUCGAGCUUUUCAACAAACACCUCAUGGGCCUACUGACAGUCUCAAGUAACCGCACGACCACACGCCGAGAGGAUCGCAUAUAUGGCAUCAUGCAAAUUUUCAAUCUUCAGCUCGGAGCUUCCGCUUCAGAUGCAGAUCCCCGACGAAAUUUCACACUGUCAGAGCUUUCUGAUCAACUAGGAAUGACCUUACUCCAGAAAUACCCCAUUCAAAGCCAGCUGCACAUUUUUAAUGGCCCGGUAGCUUUGGGUAAGGGUUGGCGCAUCAAUGAAACAUCGACCAUCCCUGAUAAAUGCAGACAGUUCUAUCAUCCUAAGCGGCUGCAGCAGGACAUCCAUCCUACGGCCGUCCUAUCAACCCACAAUUUGAACAAUGAUAUCUGGGGAAUAUUUGAAGGAAGGACUAUACCUUUCCGCCUCUUUGCGAGGCAACUACUACGUGACUGGCCCAACACAUGGGAGCUAGGCAACGCGACGGUCCAGCUGGACUACUCGCUUAUCCCGCACUGCUGGCUCACCCAAGACCGCCCCGACUUGAAAAUCCUAUUGCUAGGUAUCCAAAUCUUAUCAGCAGCGAAUGACGAGGCUCGCGAGGGAUGGGCAGUAGGUAUGCUUUUGAAUCCGACCACACGCCCUACACGAUCCGAACCGUCGGGGCCUGUAAGAUGGACACGUGUUGGGCUGACGAUAUGGAGUAUCAACGACACUCGGCCGAAAAUCGAGAGCGUGGGGAAAGGGCAUCUAUGGGCAGGGCUGAAAGAGCACAUUAGUGGGGAGAAGGAAUCAGUGACAAAGAGGUUGGACUAUCUGGUUGGUGAGGGGCUAGUAUGGAAGAUUGAGUCUGGAUUGUAUGGGUAG